GAAACAUAAAACCGACGUUUCGGGGGCGGAGAGAGAGAGAGAGAGAGAGAGAGAGAGGGGAUAAACUUAGAAGUAUAGCAUUUACAACUACCCACUUUAUUACAAGAACAACCAACCCGCUCGGAGAUAUUAUCUGUCAUUUUUAAAUGCCCGCUCGAACCUUUCCACAAAUUCGUUCAUGCCUUAUUCUUGAUGACGACAAUUUGAAGUAAAUUCAGCGGUGAUUGUUGUUUUGGUUUUGUUGAUGAUGUAUUGGUAGUGAUAGAGUAGUUGCAUCACAGUGAUUGUAAAAGCAGUUUCAGUUGCGGAAUUGGGGUGGGUUUUGUGUAACGUAAGUUUCAAUUUGGUUUAUGAAUUUUAGGGGGAAGUAGGAAAUAGGGUUUUGGGAUUUUGGGAAAAAACAUUGGACGGGAGGAGUUAAGGAAAUAUGGGGUUGAUAUCGGGAAUGGUGAUGGGAAUGCUGUUCGGGAUCGCAUUGAUGGCGGGUUGGAAGUACAUGAUGCAGUAUCGGGCCACCAAGCGUGUUGCUAAGGCGGUUGAUAUUAAACUACUGAGCUCACUGAACAGGGAGGAUAUGAAAAAGAUAUGCGGGGAAAACCUUCCUGAGUGGAUAUCUUUUCCUGUUUUCGAGCAGGUGAAAUGGCUGAAUAAACAACUGGGAAAAUUGUGGCCAUUUGUUGCAGAUGCAGCAGAGGCUGUCAUAAAAGAAUCUGUUGAACCAUUGUUGGAAGAAUAUCGUCCUCCAGGGAUUACUUCUUUGAAAUUCAGCAAAUUGUCUCUUGGAACUGUGGCUCCUAAAAUUGAAGGAAUUCGAGUUCAGAGUCUUAAAGAAGGUCAAAUCACUAUGGAUAUUGACCUCCGAUGGGGUGGUGAUCCAAGCAUUAUACUUGCUGUUGAGGCUGCACUUGUUGCUUCUAUACCCAUUCAGCUGAAGGAUCUUAAAGUUUUUACCGUCGUUCGUGCUAUUUUCCAACUUGCAGAUGAAAUUCCUUGCAUAUCUGCGGUGGUUGUUGCUCUUCUUGCCGAGCCAAAGCCACGAAUUGAUUAUACUUUGAAGGCUGUUGGUGGAAGUUUAACAGCUAUUCCUGGGAUUUCUGAUAUGAUUGAUGAUACUGUUAAUACUAUAGUGACGGAUAUGCUACAAUGGCCCCACAGGAUUGUUGUUCCCAUUGGUGGCAUACCUGUGGAUACAAGUGAGUUGGAGCUUAAGCCAGUGGGAAAGCUCACAGUAACUGUGAUAAGGGCCAGUGACCUUAAAAACAUGGAAUUGAUUGGAAAAUCUGAUCCCUAUGUUGUUGUACACAUUCGUCCUCUAUUUAAAGUCAAGACAAAGGUCAUAGAGAACAAUUUGAAUCCUGUUUGGAAUCAGACAUUUGACUUAAUCGCAGAAGACAAGGAGACGCAGUCACUCAUUCUUGAGGUAUUUGAUCAAGACAUUGGGCAGGACAAGCGAUUGGGCAUUGCAAAAUUACCUCUGAUUGAGCUGGAAGCUGAAAAAUCAAAGGAAAUCGAUCUGAGGCUGCUCCCAUCACUUGAUAUGCUUAAAAUUAAAGAUAAGAAGGAUAGGGGAACUCUGACAAUUCAGGUCUUGUAUCAUGAAUUUAACAAGGAAGAGCAGUUGGCUGCCCUUGAAGAAGAGAAGAGGAUCUUGGAAGAAAGAAAGAAACUGAAAGAGGCAGGAGUAAUUGGGAGCACUAUGGAUGCCCUUGAUGGUGCAGCCUCACUUGUCGGUUCUGGGGUUGGUAUGGUUGGUACUGGUAUUGGUGCUGGAGUGGGACUCGUGGGAACUGGCUUAGGGGCCGGAGUAGGCAUUGUUGGGAGUGGUCUUGGAGCUGUUGGUAGCGGUCUGAGCAAAGCCGGAAAGUUCAUGGGCAGGACCAUCACCGGCCACUCCAGUUCAUCUAAGAGGAGUGGAUCCUCCACACCGGUGAACCCUCAGGAAAACGGAGGUGCAAAACCACUGUAAUUGUGACCUGGGCAUUCGCCUAUUAGGUUCUUGUGAAUUUAGUCUUUAUGAUUAGAUUGCAGUCUAUAAAUUCCUUUGGUUUGACUAUCUCUGGCGUGGAAGUUGGAUGUUCAUUUUCCUGAUCCUUUUGUGUUUCUAGUGGUGAGACUGGCAUCUACGACCACCUCAAGUGGUGAUUGCUUUUCUCAACAGGCUGAAAAGGAUAUGUUCUUUGUGUUAUAUUCUUACUCUCUUCUAUGAAUGUAAUCUUUGAUUGAAUUUGUUGGCAUUAACUGGAAAUGCUCUUAAGUUUUAUACUUCCAAUAACCAUAUAUAUAUACUCAUUUAAAUCC